AUGCUCACCGAACAAUUCGUGGCUGCCAUUUCGGCAUCGACAAAGCCCAACACUGGAGUCACAAAAGACGCGGGCAUUUUCAUACACGAGUUCCAGCCGCUGGUCGCCCAAAGGCAUGCUUUCAAGAAGAGCGCGAGUGCGCCAAACGGCAUAGCUGUGAGCGCCUCGCACGUCUUCGCUGCGCAGUCGGAGAAGGCGAUUGUCCAUGUGUACAGCAGAGAGAAAGGCAACCAGGAAGCACUAGUCCCCUUUCCCGAGAGGAUACACAGUAUCGCACUCGCCGCCCAAGACAGCGUGCUACUGCUUGGAACUGAGAGUGGGCGGAUAUUGGCGUGGGAGGUCUGCUCAGGCCGUCUUGUCUCUACGUCCACUUCGCAUCUUCAGCCAGUCACGAGCAUUGUGGUCGACCCAUUCUCCAAUUUCUUCCUCUCAGGCUCCUCGGAUGCCAUGAUCCACGUAUGGGCACUUCCAUCGAUACUGUCCUUCUCUCCUGACGCCUCGCGCUCGCCUAUACACACCCUCUCUACCCACCGUGGCCCCAUCUCGUCCAUCGCUUGCGGCCACAGUUCGAGCACUGCCAACAUUGCCGUGUCAAUAUCUGGGGACAAGUCUGCCAUAGUAUGGGACUAUCACAACGGACAAGCACUCAGGACAUAUCUCCUGCCCGAGAUGCCGACUGCCGUCACUCUUGAUCCUGCAGACAGGGCAUUUUACGUAGCUUACGCUGACGGUAGCUUACAAACCAUCGACUUCUACGACGACGUGCAAAAGACCACCUCGAUAGACGUUCUCAGGGAUAGUGCCUCGUCUCACCGGCCGAUACAACCAUCACCGAAGAGCCGCUUCAGCGCCGAGUCACAAAAGCUCGGCGGAGCCCUCAGUCUGACUCUUAGCUGGGACGGCACCUCACUCAUCUCGGGCCACACAAGCGGCAAGAUAGCACUCUGGGACGUUGCAAAGGCCAACUAUCUUUCCACUCCUGCUAGUCUUCCGGGUCCCGUUUCAAAUCUUCGGUUCCUUCCACCCGUUGGUUUUCCCAACACGCCAGAACCAACCUUCAAGAUCCACGCAAUCGUCAAACCGAAACAAGAUGCAGGGCUCACAAGCAGCGCAAAUGGCCUGGUUCCGCCUAGCUAUACCCUUAAUCUCCAGCUGACAGGUCGGUUGCGCAGCCCCCAUGUUUCUGCGACCGAGAAGAGACAUAUAAGCAGAAGUGUAUUUGAGGAAGCCCUUACACACUCUAGCUUUCCCGCCAGUAUGCUUGAAGAGAGCUUAGCUGAGCUUGACUCGUGGGUUGCUCAGCCCAAGAGUGGUUUCGCUCCGACAGCGGACUUUAUGGCCCUUGAUGAAGGUAGUGUGAAUAUAUCUGAUGCGUCGGGCAGUGCUCAGCAAACCGAAGUCAAGGAAUUGAAGAAGCAGCUUGCAAGUCUGCAACGCAUUCAAAAAGUUACAUUCUCACAGCUCUCUGAACUGCGGGAGGAGAAGGACUACUUCAUGGACCAAGAAAAAAAGAGAGCGGAACAUGCCAAAACGCGGGCGAAAAAGAGGCUUCUCAACGGCGCAAGUCGCAACCAUACCAACGGUGAUGUGGAAAUGAACGACGGCACAGACGCCACUUCCGGAUCCGAAUCGGAUGGAGCCGACGAGUCCUGA